CAACGUUUGAGUUUUCCCGAAGAAUGGGCGGAAGGCUGUAAAGUAUGAACUUGUGGAAUCUCCUCACUGCCAAAACUUUUUGGCAGGGGCAAGGCGGGUGGGCGCUUCCCAUGCUGUCGAUCCAUUAUGGGCGUCUAUGGGUGGCCUUCCUGUGUCGAUUCACAUGCAGAUGUCACCACCAUGAGUAUCUCAAUAGUACUGCAAGAGUAUGUGGACAAUCUGCAGAAGAUUUACGAGGAAAAUUUAGAAGCUGUCAAGUCGCUUCAACGAACAUUGACAGACGAAAUACUCCCAAGCUUGGUUGAUGAAUUGGACUUGGAUGAGGAGGAACAAAGAAAAGCCGAGGAGUGGCUUCAAGAUACCCCGUCGGUCUUCCGGACGUUCAAGAGGCACAAAUUUACCACAUCUUUUGCUCUGGAAGCAUUACGGACCACGCUCAUCUGGCGUAUACGUUCAUUGCCUCCACUCGAUAUUGCGCCGCCAUCCCCCUUUAUCCACUGUCUCCCUGCAAAAUGUUGGGACCCAUUUGAUCGGCCAAUAGUAGUGGUCCAGCUAGCUGGAAUAAGUGAAACAGGGCAUGACCUGCGUCCCGUACUGCUACGUAACACCGAGUUGUUGCGACUGAACCUUGCAGCGCUGAACAAGUCGAAAGGCACCGCUCCCAUUUUGCAAUACGUCGCAUUGCUUGACAUCAAGGGUGUCUCUCUAAGUAGCGUUGCAAAAAUUGACUUGUUGGCAUGGUGCAUGAGCGAGAUGCUCCCCCAUUUCCCUGGAAUGCUUGCCGCCGUUUUUGUGAUUAACUUUGGCUGGACCCACUCGGGAUUAUGGAAUCUGUCAAGGCGCACUCUUCCGAGGGCUGCCCUUUCCAGAGUGUUCUUUCCCACCGAACAAGAGCUUCUAGAGUACUUCUCAGCGUCGUCGCUUCCCCAAGAUUAUGGAGGGGAGUUACCCACUCUAAUAGACCUCCCAGACCCUUUACAUCUACAUAUCAGCAGAAGUGCGGCAAAUCACAAGGACACCGUCAUAAAUCCGGAAACACCUGUUUGUCCAACUGAAGUAAAAGAAAGCACCAGCACGCAAGAAGCAAUUUCUCCUUUCUCGCUCCUCAACCCGUAUUUUGGCUAUCCAGCCAUGAUCUCCGAUGCAGCUGCGCCUACUCUCUAUUACGGCCGUCGACGAAAGCGGGACUUGUUUCGCACUCUCCUGCGACUCUUCUGGAUGCGAUGGAGAAGACAUUUGACCGCAAGUUUCUUCUGUCUCUUAGUUUUUCUUACAAUCGCCGUUCUUCGCAAGGUCACAUGGAUGAGGCGAUGGCGGUGGCCAAUAUCAAGUGCGUCAGCGCUACUAGGCGUUAUUCUCCAGCUCCCGCCUUCUGUCGGGGCGGGUACGCUAUGGAACGUGGCUAUCCCAAUCAACUAGCUCGAGUAGUAGAGAACUCCUUUCUCUUUCUCUUCUGGCCUUGCUGUCGAAUCGUAGAAGAUAGAUAUACCAGAUUACUCUUCCAUCAUAUUUGUCCUGAUGAAUUAUAUCACAUUUUAGACUACUAUUGCGUCUUCCAUACUGCCCCAUGGGUGCAUUUUGUUUGUCAGUUCGGUUACAGGCCGAUUCCUCGAUUCCCAAUGAUGGCAGUUGGAUUUGGUCAAAUAGCUUGUGCACAGUGAACUGUGUUCGACAUGUGCCAGUGAAUGCACCCGGGUGUGCUUAGCUGACAUUCGAUAGCUGUUAGCUGUAUUUCAUGCAUCUGAAAUUCAAUUUAUGGACCAUAUGUCAGAGUCG